AUUUAAUUUUUGGCAUGAUCUCUAUCCUGUCUUUAGUUUUUAAUGGUAAUUAAUGGAGCCUCAUAACUUUGAUGCUUCAACAUUUAAUCCAUUUAACUGCAGAGAAAAGGAAGCUGAGAGAUAUUUACAGUAGAAAAAUGGGUGGCAAAAUCAUAUCUAAAAUCAAAGGUAACCCAAUCAUGACUACUGCAUAAAGCUGUAUUUUUGUUGUUGUUGUUUUGGUUAAAAAAAAAAAGCUGAAAAAGUACUGAUUCUAUCAUGAUAUGAACCUUAUGAACUUUUGUUGAAGAAAUAAUAGUGUAGUAAAAUUAAUUCAUUAAUUUACUAUUCUAAUAAAUAGUUGUUUAAUGGAAUUGCAGUAGCAAUAAACCAACUUGACAUUCCUUUUUGCAUGAUUUCAUUCUGAUCUUAUUGCCGUGGAAUUACCCAUACCAGGUAGGAGGUACCUACAGCACUUAAACUUGAUUUCUGAGUAUUUAAAUGCAAUUUCCUGGCAACAUUCUCAGCAUGGAGGAGCCAUCUUCCCAUUCCUGAAAGUCUAUGUUCAUGUAUCUGCAGUGGGGGAUGUAGAAGUUAUGCAUUGAUGACCAGGUGCAUGUUUUCCCUCUAGGGAAUGGCAAAUGGAGAGAUCUUUCCAAACUGCUUUGUGGUUACUGCAGCCAGAUAUUGUUUUUAUUCUGGGAGAUGUCUUUGAUGAAGGAAAAUGGGACUCACCUCAGGUAUGACAUGAACAGCUCUCUUGUUUCAAAAAAUGAGGAUUUCUUGAAGGAAAUGGAUGGCAGAAGGAAACAGACUAGUAAUAUCUUGGCACUUUCCACCUGAUAAAGAACAUAGGAAACGUGAGCAUUUUACUGAGUGCAUGCUUCUGUAUUAUACACUUGUAGUUCCUCCUAUCCCUCCCAUGUUGUGGAACAGCAUUAGUUUCUUCAUUUUCUUUCUGCAGGCAUGGGCAGAUGAUGUCAGGAGAUUUCAGAAAAUGUUUAAGUAUCCAGUUAGUACUGAGCUGGUGGUUAUUGUUGGGAAUCACGACAUCGGGUUUCAUUAUGAAACGACCACUUACAAGGUCCAUCGAUUUGAAAAAGUUUUCAACUUUACUUCAGGAAAGCUAAUAACUCGAAAAGGAACAAACUUUGUCCUCGUGAACAGCGUGGCCAUGGAGGGCGAUGGCUGCACCCUGUGCCGCACUGCAGAGGCGAAGCUGGUGGCGCUUUCUCACAGACUGAACUGCUCCCAGCAGGAACUGAACCAUCCCGAGAAGAGGUGCAGCAAUGCAGAAAAGCCUCCAGCUUCACAACCAAUCCUUCUGCAGCAUUACCCUCUCUAUCGGAAAAAUGAUGCAGAAUGCAGUGGAGAAGAUGCUGCCUCUCCGGAGGAGAAGGCCAUCCCAUUUAAAGAGAAGUACGAUGUGCUGUCUCAGGAAGCAUCACAAAAGCUGCUGUGGUGGUUCCAUCCCCGCCUGAUUCUCAGCGGGCACACGCACAGCGCCUGCCAAGUGCUGCACGCGGGGGGGAUCCCGGAGAUCAGCGUCCCGUCGUUCAGUUGGAGGAAUAGAAACAACCCUAGUUUCAUCAUGGGCAGCAUAACACCAACUGACUUCUCCCUCCACAAAUGCUUCCUUCCACGUGAGAGCAGAGUCUUCGCUAUAUACUGGGCAGCAGGAGCCCUGCUCGUCGUCCUGGUGCUAGCUCAUUUUCAGCUUCUCACUCCACCAUUUUAUUUUGCUCAGCGUUUAAUCAGUAAGCAUAAAGCAGCAUGAAGAGCCAGACAUCUGCAUUCAGUCACUGAAAUACCAAAGCUGAGAACAGUCAAACAUCAGACUAUAUUCAUGCCAGCAAAUGACCUAAAUUUGAUUGCUAGUCUGAAGGCAGGUUGCAUUUACACAUACCAUAGAAGUCCUAUACAGCUGAUAUGACUACUACAGGAUAAAUAAUUAACUGAAAUGAACGUUCCAUGCUGUACAAAAAUACUGUAUUCUACAAUCAAAUGAGUCCUUUUCCUGCUAUAAUUUUUGUAUCAAAUAUGUAUAUUAAAAGUGUAACUGUACAUUA